UAUCGUAUAAAAACUUAACUUAUCGGCAAAAAAAUCAUUCAAUCAUCAAAUUUUAUCGAGUUCAUAUUUAGUUUUUUAUUCAAACUCAAAAUGGUCUCAGCGAUUUUAACAAUUUGUCUAUCAGCAGUAUUUCUACAGACAAUAUCAGCACAAUGCAGAGUUAACCCUGGUCUUCCCCUCGCACCGAUCCCAGAAGCUUUGCCAAACAAUUUGCCAUACAUACCAUAUGCACCACCACAAUACAUACCAGAAAACGCUGCGAUAUUCAACGGCGGUGGUUUCCAAGUGGCCAGUUAUUCUUCAGUUGGACCAACUGGUCUAAAGGUCCAAUCUGAUAAUUUAGCUGUUGAAGGUCCUUUAAGUGUGUCUGGGAAGUUACCAUUCCUGGGAGUUGUGACAGUGGAAGGUCCAUUGCCAGCGAUUGGCCAAGGCGCCGUGGCAUAUGAGUGCGGCAAUGGCAACGUUGGUAUCGUCUCUGAGGGUGUACUUGGCGAUGGACUUGGCGUGUCCGCUGGCUUGACUGGCCUUGGCUAUAAUGUUGGCAAUGGGGUGCCUGUUGGACGUUAUUAGUAAACUGUAUUGAAGUUUUUUUG